UAAUUUAAUCGAGUGAUAAAUCGCUGCCAUUUCUAGCUAUAGUAACUUCUACAGACAACCGAAUUAUUAGUUUUAUUAGCAUUAAAAGGUAAUUCUCACUAGGAAUAUAACCAAAGCAAACAAGAUGUACAAACCAACUGACCAUGGGCUUCCUGAAGACUUUCGUCUUACUAACUUUUCUACUCUACGCGGAUGAGGAUGCAAGUUACCUGAAGAGGCCCUGACCAAGUACCUCCAGGAGACAGAAAUCUUGCACAAAGUAGCUCAUGACGAAAACAAAAAAGAUAAAGAUGGGUUUAUUGGUUCUGGAAUGGACUGCGCUGUGAUUCCGCUAUCUCGACACAAAAAUUAUUUUCUCGUACAAACUGUUGACUUCUUUUAUCCUCUAGUGAAUGAUCCGAAAAUUAUGGGUAAGAUAGCUUUGGCAAACGUGGUAAGCGAUAUUUACGCUGUAGGCGUUACAACUUUCGACAAGUUAAAUAUGCUUGUAAGCGUAUCAACUGAAUUUUCCGAAAUGGAACGUGACGUUAUAAUACCACAGAUAGUUGAGGGUUUUCACGAGUCUGCUAAAGAGGCUGGGUGUCGAGUUCAUGUUCAGAGUAUAUCGUUAAACCCUUGGUGCAUAAUUGGAGGCAUUGCGAGCUCGGUAUGCACUGAACCAGAGAUUAUAAUGCCUUCAAAUGCCAAGGAGGGCGACGCCAUUGUCCUUACAAAGCCCCUAGGCACCCAACUGGCGACGAAUGCGUAUCUCUGGAUGGAGGAACAAAAUGAAAAAUAUAAACGAAUAUCGGCGUGUUUAAGUGAUGAUGCCAUAUCAAAAACCUCUAAGAUAGCAGUUGAGUCUAUGACGUUCCUAAACAAAACGGCUGCCGAACUUAUGCACAAGUAUGGAGCACAUGCUGCUACAGACGUGACUGGGUUUGGCUUGCUUGGACAUGCAAAGAAUCUCGCACAGUUUCAGAAAAAUAAAGUAAUGUUUGAAUUGAAUACAUUGCCGAUUAUUGCAAACGUACUGACUAUCGCAGAAAUACUUGGGCAAGAUCGAAAGCUAAGAAGUGGCAAAGCCGUUGAAACAUCUGGUGGCCUUUUAAUAUGUUUAUCAGUGGAUAAAGCUAAAGCUUUCUGCGAAGACUUCAGUGCACUAACCAAAAACAGACAGAAAGCUUGGAUUGUGGGUAGAGUGAAAAAGUCGGAAAGUCGUGACGCUUGUCUAGUAGAUAAUGUAACAUUUUUAGAAGUAAACCAAUAAUGUAAAUGAGAAACUUUCGUUUUUAUGUAAUCAAAUAUUACGUAUACCUUACUUUAAUAUACAUAUAGCACAUUUUCUGCAAGAGUCUCAUAAUCCUAAAAAUCAAAAAAUUAAUACAUCCCAAUAAACAUUUAGGUUUGAGCUCGACUUGAGGUUAAGUUGAGAAUUAAGGUAAUUCUCAAAUCUCCAA